CAGGACUGGGACAAGUUUGUCGCCAAGUUUGGCGUGACGCCGGAGGCAGCAUGCCACGGUCAGGCCGCACAGAAGGGCGCGCCGGCAGUCGACACAGGAGAUGUCCACGUUGGGAUGGACGCCAUCGCCGUCAACGGGGUGUCCGUGGGCACAUCCGGAGUCAAGGCGGGCGGCGUGAGCGUCACGCCCGACGGCGGCGUCGACCUCGGCGGCGGCGCGGGCGUGGCUCCCUCGUCCCCACCGCCCGUCGGGACCGAGCAGCCAUGGGGCAUCCUGCUGCCCGCCUUUGUCGGCGGCGGCGGCGACCUCCGUGGCGCCAUCAAGGCCGCGUCGGCGGCGCUCGGCGGCGGCGAAGACGAGGAGGGCGCCGAAGGACAGGACGAGGAGAAGCCGGAGUCUUGGUACGUGAUGGUCGGGCCCGGCUUUGGGGCUGCCAACCACGACAAGGCGGAGUGAGGCGGGCGAUCGAGGCGCGGCAGCAGUGGCCCUAUGAAAAUUUGCUUCGACCGCACAGCUUGCGCCGCGCCGAGCGCAGAGCGUGCUCUCUGGGGGGAGGCGGGGGCCCUAGAGGGCAUCCAUGAGGGGGGGGAGAUGGGGCCCCAUGGCCCGCCGCAGGCGCCGAUUUUUUUGGGACAUUUCUUUUCUUUUUGCGCGAUUUUUUACUUGUUUUCAUGGGAA